AUGUCAUUCUUUGAUAUUCAAUUACGCACCGCCAUCGUGACAGGCUUGCUCUCUCACUGGACCUUCUUUAUCCAUGGGGAGCGCGAUCUAGCAGCAGCGAGUAUUGCUCGCUUUCACUUGAUCGUAGCCAGUCUAGUCACCUUUCUCAAUUGGAGACUUGGGGAAUUCCCUAUCCGAGAUGCUUUCAGGCAAGCAGUGGUCCUUGUUGCAGCAUAUGCUGGGGCGCUGUUCACCAGCACCUUGCUAUUUCGGAUGUUCCUCUCGCCAUUGAACCAUAUAGAUGGACCCCUCAGCCUACGCAUAACCAAAUUAACCCACGUCUGGAAGCAGGCUCGCUAUCGAAACUGUGAGGUUCUUCACGAGCUCCAUCAGAAAUAUGGUGAUGUUGUACGCACAGGGCCGAGUGAAGUCACGGUUUUCGGAACCGAGGCAUUCUACAAAGUCCAUGGGAAGGAAUCCCAUUGCGCUCGCGCUGCCUACUACGACUUACUUCACCCACUGGUUUCCCUGGACACUACCCGCGACCCUGUCAUGCAUGCCCACAAGCGCAAGGUAUGGGACCAGGCGUUCAGUGUCCGAGCAAUGGAAAAGCUCGAGCCUGUGAUCUACCGGAAAGCGGAUCUAUUGGUGAAGCAACUGCAGAAUCAAAAGCAAAAUCCUGUCGACAUCUCCGUCUGGCUCGAAUACUAUACAUUCGACCUAAUGGGAGAGUUUGGUCUAACGAUCGACUUUAAGAACCUUGAGCGCGUCCGGCCACACCCGAUCCUUACGCUGUAUCAUAUGGCACAUCGCAGUCUGGGACCACUUGCAGCGGCACCAUGGAUCAAACACCUUCUCAUGGGUAUCCCGUACAUUGAGAGGAUGAAGUACUACCGACAGUUCAUGGACUGGGCUACUGCGGAGUUGGGACGAAACAUCAACGUAAGAAUGAUUUACCGAACGGACAUCAUCGGAUAUGUCCUUGAUGAUGCAAGGCAGACGGGUGGCAUCGAGGCGAACUGGCGGUUUGUGCUCGGUGAUUUCGCUUUGGUGAUUGCAGCAGGCAGUGAUCCGAUGCGACAGGUGCUCGCCAACCUGCUGUACUACUUGGCGCGCGAGCCAAUCCACCUGCAGCAGAUUCGAGAGGAACUUGGCUCGAUCGACAUGCGCGACUACAAGGCUCUGCAGCAAUCACCCCAUCUGAAUGCAUGCAUUUAUGAGACGCUUCGGUUAAAUCCCGCGGUUCCUUCGUCCGGGUUGCGCCUGGCGCCCUCCGAGGGCUUGGAGGUGGCAGGGAAGUUCAUCCCGCCAGGCACGACGAUCGCAGUUCCCCAAUACAGCCUUUUCAGGGAUGAGCGAAACUUUGUCCGCCCCCUCGACUGGAUUCCCGAGAGGUUUACGAGUCAGCCUGACCUCAUUCGGGAUAAGCAGGCAUUCAUGCCCUGGAGUGCCGGGAAAUACGCCUGCAUUGGCAAAAACCUGAGUCUCAUGGAGAUCCGCGUGGCGGCAGCCUUGAUCCUGACCACCUUUGACUAUGAGUUCGCACCAGGCGAGGAUGGCCAGCGUAUCUUUAGUGAAGCUGCGGAUUACUUCACCACUACCCCGGGUCCAUUCUACCUCGUAAUGAAGAAUCGGGGGGCGGUAUAAAAGAUGCAGCUACGAUUUUGGCGGGGGAGGGGGGUUAGGCAAAGGGCAACGGAACGAGACGGCCUGUAGUUUAGCAC